AUGGAGUUGACCGCAUCAAGCUUCAUCUCAUUGUUGGUCUACAUCUUGACCUUCUUGCUUGGACUUCCUGGCAACCUCCUUGUGCUGUUCGUGUACAUCCGUAAGGCUCGAAAACACGGUGCCACCCCCAACGUAGUCUACGCUCUUAACCUGUGCGUGGCAAACCUGGCUCUAGUGUCGUGGAUGCCAGUCAAAGUGGCUGAGACGGUGCUUCAAGGUUGGGCACUUCCAGGUGUGCUUUGUCCCGUUUACAGCUUCUUUCUUUUCUCUUCAGUCUACGGUAGCAGUUUGAUCCUCACAGCCGUCGUCGUGGGCCGCUAUCUGAGUAUCGCCUAUCCUAUAACUUACAAACUCUACCGUCGGGCGCGCACCUCUUGCCUGGUGAGCGCCAUCUUGUGGGCUAUAGUGCUUUUACACUUGGGUCUUGGAUUUAUUGCCGAAGGAGGGGGACAUUUUGUGUCUUUAUCAGAGGACAAUGUCUCUGCAUGCUAUGAAAACUUCACACAAGGACAGUUGGAAGUGCUGGUGCCGUUACGCCUGGAGAUGGCGUUGCUGCUGUUCCUGCUGCCACUCGUUUUGUCAGCGUUCUGCACGCUGCGCUGCCUAGUACUUGUCAGACAUUCUUCUUUGCCCUCUAAUGGGAAAAGAAGGGUGUUAGCCAUUGCACUCUCCACAUUAGUAGUAUUUGUGGUCUGUCAUGGACCCUACAAUGUUUCCCACAUGGUGGGCUUUGUCUUGCACACUAACGUGGAGUGGAGGAGUGAAGCCAUGCUUUCCUGCUCCUGCAAUGUAUUUCUUGAGCCCGUGGUCAUGUUAAUGCUCUCGCCGUGGACGCCGAGGGAUUUGGUGAACAGAUUGUGCCGUAAACAAAGGAAUGCAUCAUGCAAGCCGUGGCAUCAGAAUCACUGCAACAGGGCUUCCAGGAACCCUCAAACAAUAACGACACAAAGUGCGUCAAUAGUAAGCCAUGGUGAGUCUAAAGACGACAAAGCAAGCGCAAACAAAACAGACUCGUCCAUAAACGUGACCUGA